AUUGCUUUCCAAGCCAAGAAUCUCUCUGGUUCCUCUCUCUCUCUUAUAACCACUAUUAACCCCAUCUCCAAUGCCCCCUCUCAGUCAUUUUUCAUUCUUCUUGUUCUUCCUCUCUCUCUCAUCAUAUGACUCCUUCUUCAGAUAUCAAUAAUCUUUCUCAUCUCUGUAUAUAUAUGGUAUUAUUACUAUUUUUUUCUUCCAAAAUUUGACCUACAGACCUAUUCAAAGCAAACCCCAUGAAGCUGUUAUUUGAACUUUUUUUGUGUUGAUUUUAUUAAAUGGGUAUUCUCAAAGUUUCGAAAUUUACUUCCUGGUCAUGUUGUUCCUGGUUUGGUACUAUAACUUGAGCUUUUGGGGGUUCUAAUUUAACUUAUUCAAUCAUGAAACUUUUUAGUGGCAAGGAGAUUAUGUUUCUUCAUCGUCAGAGAGAAAGUCUAGUCUUUUGAAAUGGCUCAGCAAGCUUUUCAAAGGUGAGUACAAUAGAAUAAGGGGUGAUCGUCCUCUGCAUGAGCCAGCAGAGGAAAGCAGGGUUUGGGGUGCUCCAUCUAAAGCACCUGUAAAAUGCAACACUGGCUUUUAAUGUCGUUUGGGUGCAAAAGGGAUUUUGUAUGGGUGGGACAUGAAAGAUGGAGAUGGUAAGUAGAAAAUGAUUAUUUUGUAAACUUUUGUUGGACUAAAUUAAAAAUAUAAAAAUAAAAAAAAUAUUAUGAUAUAGCACUAUUAAAACAUAUGUCUCUGUUUUAUUGGCAGUUAAGCAGGGGUUCAUAAACCCCCCUAAACUAUGUGCGUAGCUGAGAAUUUUCCAUUAAUAAAUCAAGUAAGAUAACCUAGAUCAUGAUGGUCCAAUUUUUUUUUGAGUGAUGUCAAUUUAAAAAUAUACAUCUUAAGAUUCGCGUGAACUCUCUGUCACCCACCAAACAAGGAUAGGCAUUUUCAUGUGACUCUCCUGCUUCUACCAGUUUUCGAGUUUGUGGAUUCAUUCCCAGAUCUAAAUAAGACCAGCGCAGCUGUUGAGAGCUAUAAACCCAAGACUCAACGACCCAUAUAACUUGGAAAAGCAAAAAAUAAAUAUGCCUGAGUUCUGCGUCACAGGGGGUACUGGGUUCAUAGCAUCUUACCUUGUGAAGGCCUUACUAGAAAAGGGUCACACAGUGAGGACCACAGUGAGAAACCCAGAGGAUGUGGAGAAGGUUGGUUUUCUGACGGAACUAAGUGGAGCCAAAGAGCGGCUGAAGAUUUUGAAAGCAGAUCUAUUGCUUGAAGGAAGCUUUGAUGAGGCAGUGACUGGGGUUGAUGGUGUCUUUCAUACAGCUUCUCCAGUCUUUGUUCCUUAUGAUGAAAACGUUCAGGCAAAUUUGAUUGAUCCGUGUGUAAAAGGAACCCUGAAUGUGCUAAACUCCUGCGUACAAGCAAAUGUGAAACGUGUGGUGCUCACCUCAUCUUGCUCUUCCAUAAGAUACCGUGAUGAUGUGCAAGAAGUGUCUCCUCUAAAUGAAUCUCAUUGGACUGAUCCAGAGUAUUGCAAACGAUAUAACCUGUGGUAUGCAUAUGCAAAGACAACAGCGGAGAGAGAGGCUUGGAAGACUGCACAGGAUAAUGGCAUGGAUCUAGUGGUUGUUAAUCCCUCUUUCGUUGUGGGUCCUCUGCUUUCACCACAGCCAACCAGCACACUGCUCUUGAUUCUAAGCAUCGUUAAAGGUCUGAAAGGAGAAUACCCAAACACGACAGUGGGAUUUGUACACAUAAACGAUGUUGUAGCUGCUCACUUGGUGGCUAUGGAGGAUCCCAAGGCAUCUGGCAGGCUUGUUUGUUCGAGCACAGUAGCUCACUGGUCACAGAUCAUUGAAAUGCUUCGGGCCAAAUAUCCUUCCUAUCCAUAUGAAAACAUAUGCAGCAGCCAAGAAGGAGAUAAUAACACACAUAGUAUGGACACCACCAAAAUUACUCAGUUGGGGUUUCCUCCAUUCGAAAGCCUUGAACAAAUGUUUGAUGACUGCAUCAAAAGUUUUCAAGACAAGGGCUUCCUAUGAUAUCAUCUGUUAUAGAUUAAUGUUCGUGCGAAAAAUGUGUGCGUCAUAUUACCAAAAAUAAAGAAGCCAUGCAAACCAAAUAAAACGAAUUUAACACUAUUUUUUAUCUUUGUUUAAUUUGCUUCAAUUUUUUUUUC